UUCGAAAUAGAUCACAAAUCAAUCAGCUUCUUCAGCAAGCAGAAUAAAAUAUUGUUAUCUCUUAUCCACAUUGUGCAGACCAACAAAAACCAAUCACCAUGAAAUCUUACGUAGCUGCCGUUCUAUUGUUGGCUUUUGCCGUCUGCGCGUUCGCCGAAGAAGCCAAGCCGCAACAAGCGUCUCCUGCCAAGACGACAGACAAACGUAGCAUCUACGGACUGGGCUACGGCUACCCUGCGUACCACGCACCGCUCACUUACCCAGCUGCUCCAUUGGCUCUGCCUACGACCUUCGUAUCGCCACUGAAAUACCACGCUCCACUGUCCUACCCCUUGUCCUACCACGCUCCCCUGCCAUACCACGCGCCAAUCUCCUACCACGCGCCAAUCUCCUACCACGCGCCUCUCUCUUAUCACGCACCCCUCCCCUAUCACGCUCCCAUCUCUUACGCUUCCCCUCUGUCUUACCACCAUGCACCAAUCUACAAGGCCCCGUACUAUGCCCCGUCUAUCUACUAAUUGUUAAUGACAUUGCACUCUUCAAUCGACCCGCUGAGUCGCAGUAAUAAGAACAUUUCAUUCAUAUAAUCUGAAUUAUAUGAUUACCACAUCGUCGGCAAUCGUAGUUUUAGUAAACCAUUGUUAAUAAUCAUAUUAUUUUAUUUUAUUUGUAUAUAUAUAUAAAUAUGUCUGUAUCAUUGUGAAAU